GCCACACAUAAAAAGUGAAAGUAAAUGAACAGAGUUGAUGUUUCUCCAUUUAAACAACCAGGAAUAUCAAUGUGUUUUUAGAGGAACCUGUAUAAAAGAUCUUCCAUCCAGAGUCAGUGUUGGAGAUCAGAUUCAGUUUCAAGUGUUCAGAUUCAUCAUGGAUGACACACAAACAUCCAGAAAUGAAGAUUUUUCUCCAGGAUUCAGUUCAGUUGAUCAGAAGAGAUCAGAACCAGAGUCCAGCUGUGUGUCUAUGAGGAGUGACGCGUCUAUGGGUCAAAUUGUAAAUUUUAAGAGUGGAGAUAAACAGACUGAUCUCAGUUCAGUUGAUCAGAAGAGAUCAGAACCAGAGUCCAGCUGUGUGUCUAUGAGGAGUGACGCGUCUAUGGGUCAUAAAAUACAUUUUCAGAGUGGAGAUACACAGACUGAUCUGAGCCAUGAAGUCCUCAACAGGUUUAGAUCAAAUCUGAUGAAGAAGUUUGAGUGUCUGUAUGAGGGAACAGCACAGCAGGGAAACCCAACACUCCUGAAUGAGAUCUACACAGAGCUCUACAUCACAGAGAGUGAGAGUGGAGAGAUCAGUAAUGAGCAUGAGGUGAGACAGAUUGAGACACAAUCCAGGAGAGCAGAAACAGAGGACACACCGAUCCAAUGCAAUGACAUCUUUAGACCUUUACCUGGACAAGACAAACCCAUCAGAACUGUGCUGACAAAGGGAGUCGCUGGCAUUGGAAAAACAGUCUCUGUGCAGAAGUUCAUCCUGGACUGGGCUGAAGGGAAAGAGAAUCAGGACGUCCAGCUCAUAUUUCCACUUCCUUUCAGAGAGAUCAAUAUGAUGAAGGACAAAACACUCAGUCUUUCAGAUCUUCUUCAUAUCUUUUUCCCUGAAACAAAAGAAAUGGAAAUAUCCAGUGACAAAUAUAAAGUGUUGUUCAUCUUUGAUGGUCUGGACGAGUGUCGUCUUCCCUUACAUUUUAAAAGGAAUGAGAUUCUACUGGAUCAGAACAAAAAUAAAUCAGUGGACAUGCUGCUGAUGAACCUCAUUGUGGGGAAUCUGCUUCCCUCUGCUCUCAUCUGGAUCACCUCCAGACCAGCAGCAGCUGAUCUCGUCCCCUCUGAGUGUGUCCAUCGAGUGACAGAGGUACGAGGCUUCAGUGAGCCACAGAAGGAGGAAUACUUCAGGAAGAGAAUCAGUGAUCAGAGUCUGGCCAAUACAAUCAUCUCACACCUGAAGUCAUCAAGGAGCCUCGACAUCAUGUGCCACAUCCCAGUGUUCUGCUGGAUCUCAGCCGCUGUUCUAGAGAAGAUGUUGAGCGAAGCAGAGAGUGGAGAGAUUCCCAAGACUCUCACUCAAAUGUACACACACUUCCUGAUCCUUCAGACCAACAUCAAACAUGAGAAGGACUACGAGAAGAACGUGACAGAUAAAGACAUGAUCCUCAAACUGGGCAAAGUGGCUUUUCAGCAGCUUGUGAAAGGCAAUGUGAUCUUCUAUGAGGAAGACUUGAGAGAGUGUGGCAUUGAUGUGACAGAAGCAUCAGUGUACUCAGGAUUGUGCACUCAGAUCUUCAGAGAGGAGUUUGGCUGGUAUCAGGGGAAAGUCUUCUGCUUUGUUCAUCUGAGCGUUCAGGAACAUCUAGCGGCUCUAUAUGUGCAUCUCUCCUGUACAAACAACAACAUAAAUGUGUUUGACCAAAUCACCAAACAGAGUUUGUGGUCUAAAGUUAAGGAGAGGUUUAAACAUGUUUCAUUAUCUGAGCUGCAUCAGAGAGCUGUGAAUGAGGCUCUACAGAGUAAAAAUGGACAUCUGGACCUUUUCCUGAGGUUUCUUCUGGGUCUGUCAGUGGAGUCUCAUCAGAUUCUCCUAAAAGGACUAAUGAAACAGAAAAGAAGCAGAUCUGACAGCAUUGAGAAAACAGUUGAGUUCAUCAAGAAGAAGAUCAGGUCCAUUGACUCUCCAGAGAAAUCCAUCAGUCUGUUCCACUGUCUGAAUGAACUGGGUGAUCAUUCACUAGUGGAGGAAAUACAACAGUAUCUGAAAUCUGGAAGAAUAGAGGAAGCCAAACUCUCUUCAUCUCAGUGGUCAGCUGUAGUUUUUGUGUUGUUGACCUCAGAGAAGAAGCUGGAUGUGUUUGAUAUUAAUACAUUUGUUGGAGGAAACGAUAAAUCUAAAAAACUGAAGGUUUUUCAGAAGCUGUUGCCUGUGAUUAAAGAAUCCAGAUCAGUUCAGUUGAGAAACUGUGAUCUCACAGAUGAAGGUUGUGCUGCUCUGACUUCAGCUCUGAGAUCAAACCCCUCACACCUGAGACAACUGAAUCUGUCUGGGAAUAAAAUAGGAAAAUCAGUGAAUCUGCUGUCUGAUGUACUACAGGAUCCUCACUGUAAACUGGAGAAACUGUGGUUGAGUUAUUGUGGAGUCACAGAUGAAGGUUGUGCUGCUCUGACUUCAGCUCUGAGAUCAAACCCCUCACACCUGAGAGUACUGAGUCUGUCUGAGAAUAAAAUAGGAAAAUCAGUGAAUCUGCUGUCUGAUGUACUACAGGAUCCUCACUGUAAACUGGAGAUACUGUGGUUGAGAUGUUGUAGAGUCACAGAUGAAGGUUGUGCUGCUCUGACUUCAGCUCUGAGAUCAAACCCCUCACACCUGAGAGAACUGAGUCUGUCUGAGAAUAAAAUAGGAAAAUCAGUGAAUCUGCUGUCUGAUGUACUACAGGAUCCUCACUGUAAACUGGAGAAACUGUGGUUGUAUGAUUGUGGAGUCACAGAUGAAGGUUGUGCUGCUCUGACUUCAGCUCUGAGAUCAAACCCCUCACACCUGAGAGAACUGUAUCUGACUGGGAAUAAAAUAGGACGUUCAGGACGUAAACUUCUCACUGAUCUAAAGAAUUCUCCACAUUAUAAACUAGAGAUACUGCAGUUAUGAGGAAAAUCCCAUUUCCGUUCAAAUAUCCGCUCUGAGUCCGGCUCCACACACUCUCCUCAUGGACACUCUCUUCUUUCUCCACUGUAACUUGAGAAAUUCACCACAGUGUUUAUAAACUCCUCUGAUCUGAAUCACGCAGCAGAAACCACAGGGUCCUGAAGCAGAGAGCUCAGAGAGCUGACAGAGAGACACCGUUUGUGUUUCUUGUUAUACAUACUGAAUACAGACUGAUAGAUUAAUAAUUAUAGCUUUUUUAAGACAGGGUUUCAUAAAUGUUAAUGAUGACUGUACAGUAUGUGAGUUAUACACUAACUCUGUUAACUUGUAUAUAUGUAUGUAUAAAAUACUGUAUAACUUUAUAAAUAACAUACAUUUCUGACUGCACUGUAUUAAAGUCGCUCACUCACAUAAAAUGACACUAUUGUCACUUUAAAACUACUUUACAGCACAAUUUGAAUUUGUCUCAUAAUUGAUCACUAAUGUGAUGUUGAUGAAGCUCUAGUCUGAAUGGAGAUGAGAAUAUAGUAGUGCUGUAAUCAUGAAGUGUCUUUUCAAAGCUGUUGUGUAAGAAACUCCAUUUCCAUGUCAAAUGUUUCUUCAGCUUCUUCAGGUGUCUUUAAAAAUCACAUUUUUGUGCUGUCAUCUAGUCUGAUUUGGCAUUAGUAUUACAAGAAAUCAGUGUUAUUCAUAUGUAAGCACAUGACAGUCUUUAGGUCUGUAGAAAUGAUGAUCAGCUCGUAUUGAACACAGAGAUCAACCCCAACACACAUCCAUAAACUGCUCAUAUUAAAGUGUGAAUGAUGGGUUGAUUUAAACUGUUGAUGUCAUUAUGUUUCUAAAAACUGCCUUAUUGAGACGUCUUUCCAUAUGAACUUAUUGUUCUUUCUUGCUGUGUUUACAUGUAUUACAGGACUGUGCUUCAUAAUAAUAGUGCUUGAAGAUGUUUUGUAGACUGAAAUAAAUGGUGUAUAAACAA